AUGGCCGCCCAACCUACCGAAACCUCCGCCCCAGGAGUGCCUACCACCACACCACCCGCCCCAACUGUCCCCGCAGCCACAACCACAACCACAGCCAAUCUUCCUACCACCCCUGCAACUUCUGAUGUCCCUGUCGUCCCCAAUCCCACCCCAGAACCAACCUCCGACACUCCUGACCCUUCCCAAACUGGUACUCCAAAGACCAAAAACCCUACCAGGACUACCAGUAGGGUCACCUCUUCCGCGACAGGACCUGCCACCGGAACUGCCACCCUCCCCGGCGGCGGCGGCGGCAACGGCCCUGAUCAAAAGGACGGGGGCAGCGGUAAAUCGAUUCUUGCACCAGUCGUUGGAGGUAUUGCCGGCGCCCUUGUUCUCGCCUUUCUCGUGGCCGUCUUUGUAAUGCGUCACAGGAAAAAGAACAAGGCCCGCAAGAGACGUCUUGAGUUUUUGGAUGAUCAUAACGCUGGACCCAUUACUUCUGGCGCUACUACUGGUGGUGCUGGCGGAGCUGCAGGUAGUCAUCGCCCCGACUCUCUCUCGAGUCCCCUGCCUCCCCGCCCCGCAACCCCUAUUGGUCGCUCGUCUGGCCCUGGAGGCCGUCCUUUGGAAAUGGCCGCCAUUGGCGGAGCUGGCGCCGCUGCUGCUCACCACCACCACAAACAACAGCAACAGCAACAUCAGGCCGACGGCUACGAUUACCAGCAAGGAUACCAACAAGUGCCCUAUGGAGGAUACCCUGACCCCGCACAACAGCAGCCAUAUGACCAAUACGACCCCUACUAUGCCCAGCGUCAACAGCAGCAGGCCCAAGAGUAUUACGCAGACCAGCAGCAGGGUUACUAUCCAGAGGCCCACUCGUACCAGCAGCAGAACCAGUUCACCCCCGAAGCACCCGUCCGCGGUUCUCCUGCUAUGACCCAGAACACUGUAGCAUCCAACCUGGCAUACCCUCCCCCACCUCCCUCGACCACGACAGGAGGCCAUUCGUCUCCCAGAACAACUCCUCUCCAACAGUCCGCCGUCCCUGUACCUGCACAAGGCUCGUUUGAGAAGGGUGCCCCCUAUGCCAACAGUAGCUCUGCUGCCAGGAACCCUCAGGUUAUCACUGAAGAUGACGUCAAGGUCCCCAUGUAA